CCAGCCCCUGGUUGACGUCACUCAGAAGCCCAACAGCACCCACUUGGACCAAUAUCUCUAUCGUUUCCGGACCACCAACCUCAAUCAGAUGGUUCAGGCGGCCUUGAAGAUGAAGCACGAAGACUCUGACCUUCAGAUGGUUUUGGAUCAGGCUGAAGAUUGGCUCUCUCGAUUAAAAUCCAUGGUGGAGGAGCCCCAGAACAGCCUCCCGGAUGUCGUGAUCUGGAUGCUCCAAGGUGACCGGCGGGUGGCUUACGCCCGCCUGCCUGCCCGAGAAGUCCUGUUCUCCCGCAACGGAGUCAGCUGCUGUGGCAAAAACUGUGGAAGGCUCCAGACCAUAUUCUUAAAAUGUCCGCAGGAAGAGGUCCCAGGUCCCAGGAUCCCAGCUCAGAUCCGGGUCCGGCUGUGGCUGGGACUAGCAGUGGACGAGAAGGAGUUCAACCAGACGGCCGAAGGGAGGCUGUCUGUCUUUGCUGAAACGGUGAGCCAGAUCUGAUCUUCUCUAAUGGGGUUGGAUGGGGAACUGGAUUGCUGGUUCUGCAAUUCAAGUGGGGAAGAGUGGAUACCCCUUUGCAUUGGAACCUGAACUGGGCAGAGACCUUUCCAUUCAGGACUGGAA